AUGUUCAACCUUGUCCGCAGCCGGCCAGUUGCGGCGCUCAGAGCUGCCACGGGCUCUUCUUCGCGCCUUGCCCAGCAACAGAGGAACCUCUCCAUCCAUGAAUACCUUUCCGCCAACCUACUCAAAUCAUACGGUGUGGGCGUGCCAAAGGGUGAAGUCGCUCGGUCGGCAGAGGAGGCUGAGAAGGUUGCCAAGUCGCUCGGUAACGAUGACAUGGUUAUCAAGGCCCAGGUUCUCGCUGGUGGCCGUGGCAAGGGUCACUUUGACAAUGGUCUCAAGGGUGGUGUGCGCGUGAUUUACUCUCCCACCGAGGCCAAGAUGUUCGCCGGCCAGAUGAUCGGACAGAAACUCAUCACUAAGCAAACCGGCGCCGCUGGUCGCCUUUGCAACUCCGUCUUCAUUGUCGAGCGCAAGUUUGCUCGCCGUGAGUUCUACCUUGCUGUUCUCAUGGACCGCGCGACCCAAGGCCCUGUCAUUGUUGCUUCGUCGCAGGGUGGUAUGGAUAUCGAGGCUGUUGCCAAGGAGAACCCCGAAGCCAUCAUCACAACUCCUAUCGACAUCAAUGUCGGUGUGACGGACGCCAUCGCUACCAAGAUCGCACAGGAGCUCGGCUUCUCCGAACAGUGCGUCGAUGACGCCAGGAGGACCAUACAGAACCUUUACAGGGCGUUCAUGGAGACCGACGCUACUCAGAUUGAGAUUAACCCUCUGUCCGAGACUUCCGACCACCAGGUUCUGGCUAUGGACGCCAAGUUGGGAUUCGACGACAACGCCGAUUUCCGCCAGAAGGAGAUCUUCUCCUGGAGGGACACAACCCAGGAGGAUGCUGAUGAGGUCAAGGCCGCCGAGCACGGUCUAAACUUCAUCAAGCUUGAUGGAGACAUUGGUUGCUUGGUCAACGGUGCUGGUCUCGCGAUGGCCACCAUGGAUAUCAUCAAGCUCAACGGUGGCAGUCCUGCCAACUUCCUUGACGUUGGUGGUGGUGCCACCCCCGCUGCCAUCAAGUCUGCCUUCGAGCUCAUCACAAGCGACCCCAAGGUGUCGGCUAUCUUUGUCAACAUCUUCGGCGGUAUCGUCCGCUGCGAUGCCAUCGCCCAGGGUCUGAUCAACGUUGUGCAGGAGAUGGGUCUGCGCACUCCUAUCAUUGCCCGGUUGCAGGGUACCAACAUGGAGCAGGCUCACAAGCUGAUCAACGAAUCCGGCCUUAAGAUCUUCUCCAUUGAGGACCUUCAGAGCGCUGCGGAGAAGUCUGUCCAAUUGAGCAAGGUCGUUGCGCUUGCUCGCUCCAUUGACGUGGGCGUUGAAUUCACUCUCGGUAUCUAA